UUUAAACAAUAAACUACUAAUCAAAUUAGGUUGUUAGUUAUUGGUUUAAAUGAGAAGCAAUUUACGAAAUUAACUUGAAUUGAAAUGUUUCCAUUGAUCUUAUCCUUGCUUGUCAGUUUAAUUGAUGUUAAUUGUGCCACUAUUGAUCCAGUUGUAUCAACUCGUUAUGGUCCAAUUCAAGGUUUGAAUGGAUUUUACAAUUUAACUAAUUUCCAAUAUAAUUAUCAAGCUUUUCUUGGUAUUCCAUUUGCUGAGCCACCGUUGGGAAAUAAACGAUUCCAAUUACCAGAGUAUUUUAAUUCAACUUGGUUAAAACCAUAUCAGGCCACUUAUUUUCGUGAUGGUUGUGCUCAAAAGCCCUCGAAAGAUUUGAAUUUCAAUAUAAGUGAAAACUGUUUAUAUUUGAAUCUAUGGAGACCAGAAUUUGAUGAUAAGGAGAGUCAAUUGUUGCCGGUGUUUUAUCAUAUUCAUGGGUCUGGAUAUACUUCAAGUUCAGGAUCAAUGCCGGAUUGUCGGGGUGAAAUCUUGGCUGCGACUCAGAAGAUUAUUGUUGUUAAUUCAAAUUAUCGACUUGGAGCUUUUGGAUUUGCUUUUGGUGAACAUGAUGAAAUGCCAGGUAAUCUCGGCAUUUAUGAUACCCUUAUGGUACUAAAAUGGAUCCACGAUAAUAUAAGGUCAUUUGGCGGAGAUCCUGAUCGUGUUACAUUAACUGGUCUAAGUGCGGGAUCCAAAAUGGUUUCAAUAAUCUCGAGUUUAGCCAAUACAAGGCAAUUGUAUUCACGAUUAAUUAUGAUGAGUGGAUCAGCGACUAAUCAGAUUCACAUGGAUUCCCAUGAAACUGGUACUAUGAAGACUAAAUUCUUGGCACGAAAGGUUAAUUGUUUAAGUGUUGGUGAUGAAUUAAAGUCUUCUAUUAAAUUGUCAAUGGAGACAAUUGAUUGUUUGAAGAAAGUAUCAACUGAUGAUUUGGUACAAGCUCAAAGUUCAAAGGAAAUCAAUGGAAUCGGAGCUUCAGAAAUUACAGCUUUUCUACCAGUUUAUGGAACCAAGUUAAUUCCUAAUCCACCAAUGGUUAAUCACGCUAAUCAUCUCGAAGAUAAUCAAAAUGUACCCAUGCUUUUCGGCUCUGAACAAGACGAGGCUUCAAUGUUUAUAACAGAAGCGUCACUUGCAACUCUUUCAACGAUCCAAGAUGCUUAUGAAUUUACCAAAGAUCGAGUCUCCUUUGCGAUCAAAAAUCUAACUACAGAUCAAUUUGAGGCCAUUUUUAAGCUUUACUUUGAUGAAGCCGAUCCGACAGAUUAUCUCGAUAUAAGGUCACGUUGUGUGAAAUUUUGUUCUGACAUGAAUUACAAGUGUCCAUCUCUUAUUUUAUCAGAAUUUCUCUCUCAGGUAAAUGAUGAUAUUUUCUUUUAUAGAAAUGUUUACACCGGUGAGAAUCUCUCUCGUCCUUAUGGAACCAAACAUGGUGACGAUUUGCUAUUUGGACUUGGUGCUCCAUAUCGACAUUAUGAUAACUAUUCCCCUUCCGAUCGGCAAUUUAGCUCCAUCAUGUUGGAAAUUUUCGGCAAUUUCACCAAAGGUAUUCCAUUAAACGAUUGGACAUCAAUUAAAUUGGAUAAAAACGAUCCAAAUGCAUUACAAUUAAUCAAACAAUUCUCACUUAAUCCAAGAAAUGUAAUUGAACAUAGUCAGUACUUUUGCAGUGAAUGGGCCGAGCUUUACAAUUACUCGAUACCAUAGAGAUUGUAAUCAUCCCAAAGUGUUUGGAAAAUAAAUUGUCACCCUAAGAUAAAAGAAAAGAAUAGAAUUAAAAAAAUAAUAAUCUUUCCAAUUUGAUCUUAAA